AUGAUUGCCCCAAUCUACUUGGUUUUCGCUGUCAUUACUGGCAUCAUUUGUGUUUUAAGUGUUUCGCUUAACGGUCUUGUGUGCCUGGUGUUUUGUAAAAACAGGAGACUCCUAAAUGCUCCGAAUAUCUUCAUCGCUAGCGUGGCGCUUAGCGAUUUAUUUCACUCGAUUACUAUUUUGCCACUGAUUGUUAUUACAAACACUCAAGGAAGGUGGAUUUACGGGGAUAGUGGAUGUAAAAUAAUCGGUUUCAUUGCUACAUGGAACGGUCUGACUUCACUGAUGAACCUGUCAGUCGCCUCAUACGAAAGAUACCACGCACUAGUUUUUCUGUUCAAAAUUAACCGAACUUUUUCAAGGAGAAAAGCAGUUUGGUUUUCAUUGGCUAUGUGGCUGUACGCUUUGUUCUGGAGUCUAAUGCCAUUGUGUGGCUGGUCAGGCUUUGAACAGGAAGGAAUCGGUACUAGUUGUUCAGUCAGAUGGAAGUCUCGAGACAAGUUGGAUCUCUCAUAUAACAUUUGCUUAUUGGUGGCUUGCUUUGUGUUGCCUGUAAGUGUUAUAAUCAUCUCUUAUUUCAAAAUCUGUCGGGAGAUAAACAAAAGCGCGAGGCGUGCGAAAAAGACAUGGGGCAAAACUUCACCUUUUACACGGGAAACAUUUGAAAUGGAAAGAAAGAUGGUCAUUUUGUUUGGUGUAAUGACCGUGGCUUUUCUCGUGGCCUGGACACCAUAUGCUGUCGUAUCACUAAUAUCCAUGGUCGGCAGACCUGACGUCAUCAGUGACAUCACAGCCACCAUUCCGGCAUACUUUGCUAAAUCAUCGGGCUGUUAUAAUCCUAUUGUUUAUUUUUUCCUGUGCAAGAGAUUACGGCAGCAGAUCAAGUUGAUGGUGAGAACGGGCAGUGAAAGUUCAAGCAGUAAUUUCCGCAGAAAAACGUCCAAUUAUUCUCAAACACCGCAUUAUCCCGAAACGUUGAGAUUGCGAUAUACGGUCGAAUUAAGUUGA